AAAUGUGAUGUGUAUAGUUUUGAAAUGGUUUUGUUUGAGAUAGUUGAGAGGAGGAAAAACAUGAUUAUUAGUUCCUCUUAAAGCCUUAAUUGGAUUCCAAAGCAUGUGUGGGAAAAGUAUGAGAAGUGGGAAUUGACUGAAAUGACAAUAGAUUGUGGGAUUGAAGAGAAGGAUAGGGAAAAAGAGAGAGAAUGUCCAUGGUUGCAAUGUGGUGUGUUCAAGACUCACCAGAGGCUAGGCCACCAAUUAGUGUGGUGGUGAAGAUGCUGGAAGGAGGAGUGGAGAUCAAGCCGCCUACUAAACCUUUUCAUUAUCUAUUCUCAGUAAGGAAGAAUGCAGUCAAGCCAACUGCUGGUUCCAGUUUCUCCUCAAGUGAAGAAUCCAAUUCUUAUCGCCGCUCUGUGCCUUUACCAGCAAUUACUCGACCAAGUUGGGGUCUGGAGCAUUUGGGAGCAUUUGGGAUUGUUUAUAGAGGGCAGUUUCCCAAUGGAUUCAAGAUUGUAGUGAAGUUGCUCGAGAAAAGUUCUGAAAGAGCAGCAACGAAUGAGGAUCUAAUGAAAGCCUUGAGAUUGUAGCAGUGCCAAUCGGAUUUGUAAAGAGGCGUUUCCUCUGAAUCAUCGCUGAAUUCCUUGUUACUUGCGUUUCAAGUUAACCGUGGCAUUCUUCCUUCUUCUUCCUUUGUUAAAACCUUCGAAUCUGAAAUUGCAUAAAUACAGAGAAACUUAUUGA